AGGGUAGGAAGAACAGAAAUCUCAGGGGAGAUACCCAUGACCUAUAUAAGACACCUGGCUUACAUACUGGAAGAAUGGACUAUCAUGGCGUAUCUCUAGACAUACUUAUAUGUGGUCAUCUUGGUGACAGUAGCUGCAAUAUUAAUCUAUCAUGCCAUUCCUUUUAUACUUGGCCUCUGCUUCUAUUUUAGUAGCAUUUUUGCUAUAAUUUAUAAGAGGAUUGCUCAGCUAAAGUCAAACCAUUCUGAUGAUACCUUGGAAGGUCCAAGGAAAACCUUGUCAUACUUUUGGGAUUUGUUUGGAAGGAUAUGGCAUGGUUAUGAGCUUCAUGGUUUGGAAAACAUACCAGAAGGACCAGCUCUUCUUAUUUUGUAUCACGGAGCUGUUUCUAUAGACCAUAUUAUCUUUGUAGCUAGAUUUUUUAUCUUGACACAUCGGAUGUGUGUGUCAGUAGCUCAUCGUUAUUUUUUUAAAAUACCAGGUCUUCAAUCCAUUUUAGAAGUUUUUUCAGUUAUACCAGGUACAAAGGAAGAAUGUUUAGAUGCACUAAAAAAAGGCCAAGUGGUGGCUAUUGCACCAGGUGGUGCUCGAGAAGCGCUGUUUAGUGAUGACACUUACAAACUCAUAUGGGUUCAUCAUAAAGGCUUUGCUCAGCUGGCUAUAGAUGCCAAAGUGCCCAUCAUCCCAAUGUAUACUGAAAAUGUUCGGGAAGCAUAUAGGAUGCCUAAAGAAAGGAAAUUAACUCGGUGGUUAUAUGAAACUCUUGGGUUGUCAGUCACUGCACCAUGUGGAGGGCUUCCAGUCAAACUUCGCACACACAUUGGAGAACCCAUUCCAUAUGAUCCAAAUACGACUGCUGAGGAACUAGCUGAAAAGACAAAGACUGCACUCCAAAAUCUGAUACAAAGUCACCAGCAAAUACCAGGAAGCAUAUGGAAGGCUUUAUUGGCACGGUUUGAUAAACCACAAAAAGAUGAUUAGAACAUGUUACCUAUUUAAUGACUCAGUUAUAAAACCCCAAAUUACAUGUAGUUCAAUAAGCAUCCCACUGAAAAUUUAUGUAAAAAUAAAUGUUCCUCAAAAAUG